CCCUCGUUCCCACUCACCCACUCUCCUCACCGCCCGCUUGACUCUUGUUCCCCUCUGCCAUGGUCCUCACACUCUGACCAGACCUGCCUGUCCGCAACAACUUCGAGAAACUCGCAGCAAAAUCUGCCCAUGACACUUGAACACUCUACGACAGCGGUGGGGGGUCAUGUAGGCCCUCUCACCCCUCGAGUCGUGCUGCCCGAACCGCCGCCUCCAUAUGUCGAACCUGUUCAACAGAUUCAUUCUCAGAGCCAAGAGGCAAUCAAGGACGUUCUUUGCGGAUCCGCUGCAGGUGUGAUUGGCAAAUACAUUGAAUAUCCCUUUGACACGGUCAAAGUUCGCCUACAAUCCCAGCCCAGCCAACUACCACUAUUAUACAAGGGUCCUUUGGACUGCUUCCGGAAGACCAUAAAACAGGAUGGUAUCUAUGGUGGAUUAUACAGAGGUAUCAGCGCGCCACUUGUCGGUGCCGCAGUAGAGACCACAUGCCUGUUUCUAAGUUACCGACUUGCUGGCGAUCUUUUGAGGGCAUCAGUCCCCAGUCUGAGAAACGAUCCAGAGAAAGAACUGCCCUACCACUACAUGCUCACAUGCGGCAUGGCCGCUGGGGCCGUCACAUCCGUCUUCCUCACACCCAUUGAACUUGUCAAGUGCAAGAUGCAGGUCCCGUUGGAGGUGGGGAACGUUGCUAUCGCCAGACCCGGAAUUCUGAGUGUCAUUGGCUCAAUAUACCGCCACCAAGGCAUCAAAGGGUACUGGCAUGGCCAGAUGGGCACCUUCAUUCGCGAGACAGGUGGUGGUGCCGCAUGGUUCGGCGGGUAUGAGGGCGUCAAAGCCUUGUUCAAAAAAAUGAACAGCGCUUCAAUAGGCUCCGCAAGCGACGAAGAUCUCUCCAUUUCCCAACGCAUGAUGUCUGGUUCUGUGGCAGGCAUGGCAUACAAUUUCAUGUUCUACCCAGCAGACACUGUGAAAUCCCGGAUGCAAACGGAGGAUGUUAAACGACUGACGGGCGGGAAGUCCACAUUCAUGGCUGUUUUCAAAGCGACUUGGAAAGAGAAUGGGCUGAAGGCCAUGUAUCGUGGGUGUGGCAUCACGGUUGCCAGAUCUAUUCCCAGUUCUGCCUUCAUCUUCACUGUAUACGAAGAGCUGAAGAAGCGUUGGCCGGAGCCAAGACUUGAUUGA